GUGUCUUAAAAACUAGAAAAAAAAUUUAAACAGCUAGAAAUUCAUUACUCAUGGAAUUACCGAAACAUGUUUCCUCACGAAAGCUCCGGUUUCAAGAUCCGUAAACGAAUUUUAAGCUCCGACUCCGGAUCGGUAGGGCUAGAGCUUGCCGAAGACGUGGAGAGCAGUGAUGAAACCGAUGAAGCAGACAUUCAUAACGAGGACGACGGUGGGGCUGAUCUUGAGGCCAGGGGCGUCGUCGGUUUAGAAAAAACCUCCGCUGAGGGGCACUGGAGCCUCCGGAGGAAGAGCCUCCCAGGAGCCUCCGCCGCAUGCCAGCGGUGGGAAGGGCUGAUCCGCAUGCAGCCAAGCCAAUGGGGCGCGGACGAGAGUUGGCGGAUGUGGAUGAUUGGGAUUGAGAGGAGCCGCGAGGCACUGGUGAAGUUGGUGCACUGUGGAGAGUUGGACAACAGUUGA